GAACAGGCUAAUGCUAACAGAGCUAGAAGUUGAGAGCGACCAAAACAAACGAUGACGGCCGAGCAGAGACGCCGAAAAAAGCUCCGGUUCACCAUGGAAAUACCUCUACUUUGAUGAUGUUAUUGAAGUUGCAGACGCGGUGUUAUGCAUACUCAUGUUUUUACGCCACUCGUUUGUACAUUUUGGACAUCAGCUGGCCAGUUUGCGAGCUGUAACUGUAUCUGGGAUUGAUGAUUUUCCUGUAUACCAUCGUAAUGCGUUAGCUACAGCUGAGCUAACUAGCUAGAUGACAGCUAGACGCCAGCAAAGCUCUUCUGGAAAGAUCACAGUCUGAAAUGUUAUCCGUUCUAUGUUAGCAUUGGUAACGAAAAAUGCAGAGACAGUAACGAAACAUUGAUUGUUACGUUUGGUGACGGGAAAAUCACUCUUGGAUCCGUGUAACAUUUCUGAACUUUGCUUUGCUACCUAGCUUAAUAGUCAGAAUGAGUUGGUUCAACGCUUCCCAUAUUUCUAGUUUUGCUAAACAAGCUUUAACAACUGCUCAGAAGUCAAUAGACCGAGUCCUGGACAUUAAAGAAGAGGGCCAAUGGGGUGAUUCAACUGUAAUGCCCUACGACGAUGUUACAUUACCUGGAAAGCUGUCAUUGAGUGGAGGUUGGGGAAUGAGUCAGUGGGAAGCACCCCCUGAAGAGAAGACCAUCACUCCUCCCCCCUCAUCAGAGGCCAUUACUACCCCUGUCACCCGUACAGUUGUGGAUGAAUCCGAAAACUUUUUCAGUGCCUUCUUGUCACCUGGGGAUGUACAAAGUAUCACAACAACCCAGGUCGUGUCCGUACCCCCCACUAAAUCCCAAAGGCGGCUUCAGGAGAAGGAAAAGGAAAGCAAAGAGGCUGUGAUCCAAAAAGAAACAGACACUCAACAAUCAGAAUCUACUGAUGAAAAUUAUGAGAGUCAGAAGGUUGCAGAGAGCCAGCCAAUUGAGCCCAAAUCCUCAGUGACAUCUCCUUACCCAGACACUAUCCUCCUGCAGCCAAUAUCUUCAGACAGCGAUCUUCCUUCUAACUCUGAAAACAAAAUGACCAAAUCAAGCAGUCUAAACCAGACGAUAACCUCAGUUUGUGUAGAUGCAAAAACAGAACAGCCACAGACUCCUUUAAAAUGCCAGGUUGAGAAGGAUGUAGUGGAUUCAUCUGAAGCCCCUGCUGUCACUUCUGAACCUAAGAGCUCUACCCCUUCUGAUCCUUCGCCUUCCCCAUCCUCAAAGGAAGUACUCCUGGAACCUAAAGACUCGAAGACAGAGGAUCGUCAAAAUGACACCCCCUCUCCUCCAGUGAGUGCUUUCUCCUCAGGUACAUCUACCACCAGUGACAUUGAAGUACUGGACCAUGAGAGUGUGUUGAGUGAAAGCUCAGCCAGCUCUAGACAAGAAACAGGGGAGGGAAAGGCUGGACUUCAUCUAAUGCAGGGCUCUUUUCAGCUUCUCACUGCCUCUGCUUGUGGAGAUUUCCCCCGUCUGGAGGACUAUCCCAAGCUUACAGAGAGCUGUGGCUCUUCCUCAGAUGCGUUUGAGCGCAUUGAUUCAUUCAGUGUGCAGUCACUAGAUAGCCGAAGUGUCAGUGAGGUUAACUCAGAUGAUGAGAUCCCUGGGAGUCGGACACUGGCGUCUGUCACUGCAGGUGCUGCCCCUUUAACUGUUGUGUCAUCAGCUGUAUGUCAGAAGCAGGAAGAUGGAGUAGUUGAGAAGGCAGAACAGGAGGAAGAGGAUGAAGAGGAUGACGAAGAGGGCUUCACUGAAACUGCAAGGGAGCAGUCUGUGGAUGAAAUGGAGGAGAGUGGACGGAGUGCAACCCCUGUGAACAGUGAACAACCUGAAGAGUUGACAGAACAGGAACAAGAAUGUGAAGUGAACGUCACGCUGACGGAUUCCACCUCCAAAGCUGAAGAACAGAUCACUCCACCAAUCACAGAAGAGAUGAAAAGUGCUUCCACAUUUGAGAUUCUGGAGCUUCAGAAGGUUAUUGAUGAGCUGUCAGGUCGCCUUGAGAAGAGGGAGUCUCAGCUGUUGGCAGUCAGCAAAGACAAGGCCAGGCUGGAGGAGGAGUGUGACAAUCUCAAAGAUGAAGUGAUAAGCCUGAAGGAGGAGAGCUCCACAGUUCAGUCCCUCAAGGAUGAGUUCACCCAGCGCAUAGCAGAUGCAGAGAGGAAAGCUCAGCUUGCCUGCAAAGAGAGAGACAUAGCCAAGAAGGAAAUAAAGGGUUUGAGAGAGGAGCUCUCUACCAGACUAAAUGCCAGUGAUACAAUGGAGAUCAUUAAAGAGAAAGAGGAGCAGAUCCGAGGGCUGCUGGAAGAGGGUGAAAAGUUGUCCAAGCAGCAGCUGCAGCACAGCAACAUCAUCAAGAAACUUCGUGUUAAAGAGAAGGAGAGUGACACAAGGAUCACCAAGCAACAGAAGAAAAUGAAGGAGCAGGAGGAAGAGCUCAGACACCUGCAGCAGGUUCUAGAUGGGAAGGAGGAGGUGGAGAAACAGCACCGGGAGAACAUCAAGAAGCUAAAUGCUGUGGUGGAGCGGCAGGAGAAGGAGCUAAGCAGGCUGCAGACAGACUCUGAGGAGCUACAGGAAAAAAACAGAAGCCUCCAAGCUGCUCUAGACAAUUCUUACAAGGAACUGGCAGAACUUCAUAAGGCCAAUGCCAGCAGAGCCAGUGAGGCUGAGGAAGCAGCUUUGAGCCGAGAAACACAGGCCAAAGAGCAGCUGAGUCUGGCUCUUGAAAAAGCCCAGGAGGAGGCCAGGAUGCAGCAGGAGGCUCUGGCUAACCAGGUGGCUGAUUUGAGGCUGGCUCUGCAAAGAGCUGAGCAACAGCAGGCAAGAAAGGAGGAUUAUUUGAGAGAAGAGAUCAGUGAGCUGCAGCAGAGGCUGCAGGAGGCAGAGACCAGGAACCAAGAGCUCAGUCAGAGUGUCACUUCAGCAACACGGCCUUUACUUCGCCAAAUUGAGAACUUACAGGCCUCAUUAGGUGGACAGACAGCAUCUUGGGAAAAACUGGAGAAGAACAUUUCUGAUAGGCUAGUGGAUGCUCAGGCACAGUUGGCUGUUGCUGUGGAAAAAGAGCGUUCUGCAACAGAAGAACUGUUGUCCAUCAAGUCCCAGCUAGCCUCUCUUGAAUCCCAGAAUUCUUUGCUCCGCCAGGAAAAGGCCAGAGUCCUGGCACAGCUGGAUACUGAGAAGAACAAGAGGGAAAAACUAGAAGACGACAGCAGCAGGGAACAUGUUGAGUUGGAAAAUCUGCGAGUAGAGCACAGUCGAAUGCAAGAAGAGUCCAAGAAAGAAAAGCUGCUGCUUACCAAUCAGCUAGAGAUGGAGAAGAUGAAGGUGGAACAAGAAAAGAAGAAAUGCUACUUAGCACAAGAGGCACUCAAGGAAAAGGAGCGGAAGGUUUUGACCUACUCAGUAGAGCCCCCAGCCUCCUCAACACCCUCUUUGUCCCGGUCCAGCUCCAUCAGCGGCGUGGACAAUGCUGGUUUGCACAUUUCAGUUCUUUCCCAGGAUGAUGCUUUAGACCAUUCACUGAGUACUAUGCAGAUGUCUAUGUCAAUGAGUGGGACCAACUUGUAUGAGGCUGCCAGGCUCUCUGGAGGCUCCAGCAUCAUAGAGAACCUCCAGUCCCAGCUUAAGCUCAGAGAAGGGGAGAUAGCACAACUGCAGCUUGAGAUCUCUGGUCUUGAGAGAAGUCGUUCAGUGAUGGCUGAAGAGCUGGUCCGACUCACUAAUCAAAACGAUGAGAUGGAGGAAAAAGUCAAGGAGAUCCCUAAGCUGAAAGUUCAGCUCAAGGACCUGGAACAGAGGCACAAUACCAUCCUGCAGAUGUAUGGAGAAAAAGCAGAAGAGGCAGAGGAGCUAAGGCUGGACCUUGAGGAUGUGAAGAACAUGUACAAAACCCAGAUUGAUGAACUUCUACAAAACCAGAAAUAAAUUGUUUUUUCUUGCACCAUGUUACAGUUGGAACACUUGCAAACAAACCAAUCAACCAUCCAAGCCGCAGAUGCAUUCACUGAACAUGAUAGGACAAAGGAUUUAAGUUUAAUCACUGUAACAGAAAUAAGUUCCUCUAUCUUUAUUUGUGAUUUUAUUUUAUUUAAUUCUCAUAUACUCUAUUUAAGUUGGAAUAUAGGGAUUGUGCAUAACAUAUACAAUGAAUCCAUAUGAAGGAAAUCCACGGCUUGUGAAUCUAUUGUCAAUUUGAAAUCUAUGGGAUGUAAAAAAAAACAAAAAUAGCAACAACGCUGCUUUAGGAAUAAUUUCUCAUGAUUUCAACCUUUGAGAUAGUAUUGUAUAGAAAGUUUAAACUGUAGGACGUGGUGAAGGUUUUUGCACUAUACAUAUUCACCCUUGUUUAUUUCUUAAUGUAAAAUCAUAACAGCAAAGUGUUUAAGAAAGAUAUUAAAAAUAUUGUACAGAGACAUAUUUCGUUUUCUUCAUAACUCCUUAAAGAUCACAUAAUGUGGUGUAGACCCAAUGGUAGAUUGUGAUUGAAAUCCUGAAACUGGAUUUAAAUAUUGUACAAAUGUGUAAAUGAAUAAACAUUUAUUUGGGUGGUGAAUACGGUCA